AUGUCUCUUGACGAGCCCUACGGGGGCCUGCAGGGCACUGGGGAGUUGUUGAGCUGCACAUACACCCCAUUGUCUGCUACAAAUGAACCAGAAGACCGCACCUCCUCUCUUCACUCCUUUUCUCUGGAAAAUGCAGCCGAGCCGCCGCCAGCUGCAGCGCCCGUGCAGCAUCAGCAGCAACAGCAACUUCAGCACCAGCAGCAGCAGCAGCAAAACGAUGAUCCGGAAGGGAGGAGCCACCUCUCUUCUUUGAACUCAGGGAGUCAAGGGCCGUCUUUUCCUUUUUCCCGUUGCAGUUCCAGCAUCGCCCAGCCGACACGCAGCAGCAGCAGCAGUAGCAGCAACAGCAGCAGCAGCAACAGGGGUGAGGAGGGGGCUUACGCGCCUUUUUCAGUUUCUUUUCUACCCUCUUUGUCUAUUCUGCCUCCUCUUAUCCACCGCUACACGGGUACUUCGACCGAAUCGUUGUUGGUGGGGUUGUUGUGUUGUUUAAUAAACAUUGUGCUGUACAUCACCAGCGGGGUGCUGACGCGCGUGUUGCAGCAGCAGGAGCACCAGGUGUUCACCUUCCCUACAGAAGGCGAUCAGCACAAGCAGCAGCAGCAACAACAGCUGCUGCUGCCCCCCUGUCCGCCCCAAGCUGAUGGUCAUGCCUCUCCGCCCGAAGGUUGCAGUGUACGUACACCUGAGAUGCGGAUGGAGCGUCUGCGAGUGCCGUACCUCAUGGUGUGGCUGCCGGAGGUCUGUCAAAUCAUUUUUCUUUUCAUUUCCCUCCGAACCAUCAAGAAGAAAUACUAUAGGCGCAGGCGUCGCAGCAGCACCUGCAGCAGCAGCGGCAGCAGCAGCAGCAGCAGUGCUUUAGAUGGGCCUGGGGUGCUACAUCUCACCGGCGAAAAUGCGUCAGCAAACAGCGCGGCGGAUACAGCGCUGCAUGCAGGAGGGGAGGAGGGUUCGGCUAUUCACAAUGCACAGAACGAAGACCUGAGGAGACAGCCCAGCAUACAUGCAGAGACAGAGGAUACUGCAGCACAGCAACACCUCGACUGGCAUCAUGCUGCUGCGGAGCCCUCCCUAGCUGUCCCUCAUACAGCAGCACCAGCAGCACCAGCAGCAACAGAGGCAAGCUUUUUGGAUGCUGAUGCGAUGAACGAGAGCGCAGCAGCAGAAGAAGAAGCAGAAGCAGCAGCAGCAGCAGGGGAGGACCGUGGUGGUUUCAUGUGUUGGGCUCGGCGUCAGUGGCUGCUGCGGGUGUAUCGGCCGUAUCUGGAGGCAUACGAUGUCAGGAUGAGCGUUUGCAGCGUUACGGCUAUAUACAGCACAAAUUCUUUGUUUGUUUUCUUGUUUACUUCUCUUCUAUAUAAAGAAGGAGCAGACGACUUCAUUCAAAUCGUUGCACUUAUAUUAGCAGCAGUUGGAGUGGCUUUAAUAACGUACAGCAGCCAAGGAGAGCCGCAGUCUUCUCUGGGGGUUUUUCUUUCGGUGCUAGCUUCUGCUGCUUAUGGUUUGUUUGAGGUUUUGUAUAAAGGUACGGUGUACAACAUUCUUCUGCAGGUCUCGCUGCUGCUGCUGCCUUCGCCUAUGCUGGUUGCGAUGUGCUUCCUUCUCUCGUUGCCCCCAGCAGCAUUAACAGACGCCCUUAGGGGAGCAGGAGGUGGCGUAGGGGGUCCCGGAUGUCUGUUGAUUGGCUGUGCUCUCCUCAUUACUGCUAUUAAAGAGUGGAAUCUAAGAGAAAGAGAAACAGAAACGGAGCAAGCAGCUCAUCUUGCAGACCUCUGUGUCCCUUUCAACCUCUCCAGCAGCAGCAGCAACAGCAGCAGUAGUAGUAGUAGCAGCAGCAGCAGCAACAGCAGCAGUGGCAGUAGUAACUCUUACUCCUGUAAACGCUAA